AAAGCAUACACACAUCAGACGCUACACCUUUUAACGGGCGACUGCGCAGUAGACAAUUCAGCCAGCUAUGUGGCCGUGUACCUCGCACAAGCAUACCAGGCAUUUCUCCGUCUUUGUAUCGCCGUUGGUGUUGUGCGUCUCUUUACCCUUCAGCAGACGCGUGUAUCUCUCUUUCUUUAUCAUCGCUUUCUCCUAUAUAUUUCUUCUCGCUCUCGUGGCAAACGCUUGAUGGUACGCCAAUACUCAGGGACGUAUGACGCGGCGCGUAUAACAAACUCUUCGAAUUGAAUAUUAUCUCAGAACAAAACAACUUUUAUUUUGUGCAUCGUAAACGCUACGCUUAAUCGUUCCACGUAGAUUAUAAUGUAUUAAAAAAUUCACAUACGAAAAAUAAAGCAUUUGUCAGUGUUAUUUAUUCACUAGUAUUCGCGACAAAAAUUCUUCGUAAAAAUCCAUUUAUCUAUUCAAUCUACUUAUAAACAGAAAAUUAUUGGAAAUCGUGAUACGAUUCGAAUCGAUCAAAUCCGUUUGAAAUUAUUGUUUUUAAACGUUUCACGAAGAUGGUGGUAUAUCGGCCGAAGGAAUUCUCGCAGAAACAUAAACGACGAAAGAAAGAAAUGGCAUGUUGGUAGGUCGUAGCCGCGGGCACCCGCAUAGUAUACGUAUUAUUUCGUCCCUGGUAGUGCUGCCGGCUGUGGAUGCAGGCGAGAACGUGCGCAGCUGUAAAACGUGAGUCGCUGCGCUCCGCAGCUGAUGCGGUUCGUUGUUGUCCGUGUUUGUAUUUGUUUGGAAAAAUGCGACAGAACACUAACGAAUUUCGACAGUAUUAUUACUGCCAUUUGAACGGACUAGGCACGUAUGUGAUUCGGCAAAUAUAUUGCGAGUGAUAGUGACGCACAAUAGGACAAACAUUCGAAAUGACAUCAAAUAUUUGCAAAAAUAAACAAUUUCAAAAGUGAAGUAAAAAUAAGUUUAAACUUCAACAUUGUUGAGUUCAGGAUUGUCCUUUGCAUUUGGCUUUUAAUAUCAUUUACGAAUUACAUUUGUAACAAGUUGUUCAGAAUACAAAAAUUCAUCUUAGUAACAAUUCCCGUCUCGAGGACAAUAGGUAUUUCGAAAGAAAGAUAGACAAAGAGUUCCCAUCGGCAUAUGCUUUGUACUCUGUGGCUCCUUUGCGAGGAAGAAAUUGUGAAAGAAGUGUUGUGUUUAUUGACAACAUUUUGCGCGAACGUGCGUUUUAUUCGAAGCAAUAGAUAUUAAUUAAAAAGCUAAGAACAAUGCAUUGUGUCAUUUUGCCUGAGAAUAUUGUAGAUAUAAAAAAAAAUUACACGUAGAAAGUUCCUUACUUUGAUGCCUCUUAAAAACACGAUAUUUUGUUGUUGAUAUGUGCACAUAUUUUGAUAUUUAAAUUCGCUAGCAUAGUAGGAAUUAAAAGAUGCGAUUUACACGAAAGUUAUUUGACGAAGCUGUUUGUGUUAUUCUGUUCAUCUGAUAAUAAAAAUUUAUACGAAAAAAAAAGAAGUAUAUUCUAAGCGUGCACCGACACUCCGCUAAAAUGUGUGUAAUGUAACGGAUGUAUAUAUUUCUUAAAGCAACGACAGGGCUAACUCCAUUAUGGAGGCACUGCGUUUAGCUAUACAGACACGGCUAGGGGAGAGGAUGGUUAGUAUGAGCUCUAUGCUCGUGGAAACAGUUAGUAUAAACUAUGAAGAUUUUAAUGAAAGUUUUUUAACAUGUGGCACAUGUCUUUGUGUUUAUGAUGGUGGAGAACAUACUCCUAAAUUAUUACCAUGUUCACAUACGGUAUGUUUACACUGCUUAACAAGAAUUGCUGCGUCUCAGACUCGCGAGACCGGUGCCUUUCGAUGUCCUAUUUGCAGAGAAUUAAUAACAAUUCCUCGUGGUGGAGUAGCUGCUUUACCACCUAGUUUCCUAGUGAACCAAUUACUUGAUCUCAUGUCCAGACAAAGACGGGAGGUUAUUCCAAAAUGUUCAGUCCACAUAAAUCAAGAAUUGUUAUUUUGUGAAACAUGCGAUACAGUAUUUUGUACAGUAUGUACAGGUGGUAAUCAUGCAGGAACAUCUCCAGGAUGUACUGAGCAUACUAUCAUACCAUUUAGUAUUGCAAUAAAGAGGAUGUCUGAGAUCUUGCUCUACAAAGCCAAUGAAUGUAUAUCCAAGUUAACACAAGCUCAAGAUUCUGUGAAUACAGAAUUACAACGUUUGGAAGCUUCAACAGAGAGGUGUUUGAGUGCCGUAGAUACUGAAUUUGCUGAAAUUAUAUCAAAAAUUGAAAGGAGACGUUCAGAAUUACAAGCAGCUGUUACUGCUGCUGCAAGAGAUAAGAAACAUGUGUUAGAGGAACAACAUUCUCUGAUAGAAGCUGAAAAAAAUAAAGUGCAACGAGAAUGUGAAGGCUUACAAUAUCAGGUUGAAGUUCGAAAUAUUACACAAAGAAUUGGUAGUUUAUCAGACCAACUCGAUGCGGCAUCAGCACUUAGUGAACCUAAAGAAAAUGCUUUUAUAACUUUUGAAUUUAAUCACAAUAAUGCUCUUUCUCAAUUAGAGGAAGCUCUUAAUAACUUGGGAAGAGUACGUUCUAGUACAACAUUGCCAGGGUUAUGCAGAGCCCGGUUAAAAGACCCCGCCAUAGCGAAACUGCAAGCAGCUGUAAUAGUAGAAACUAUUGACUAUCAUGGACAUCCUAGAAAUGUUGGAGGAGAUCUUAUUACUGCAGAAUUAACCUUAGCAGAUAGUAUCCAUUCAGAAAACCAAAGUUCCAAUAUUGAUACUGAAAUUGUAGAUUUAGAAAAUGGUACAUACGAAGUAUUGUUUCGACCUCCAUCUGCAAGCCGCUAUAUCUUAAAGUUGUCAGUUUUCGAGCGGCCUAUUAAAGAUUAUCCUUUAUUUUUUGAUGCAACUGAACAUAAUGAACCUAUUAAAAUAUAUGGAAGACGAGGAAUUGGAAAAGACGAAUUUCAUCAACCAGUUGCAGUUGCUGUUGAUGAUGAUGGCAUGAUAUAUAUUUUAGACACUGGGAAUUCACGUAUAAAGGUACUCAAUUGUGAUUUGGAGUUUCAAAGGCAUAUAAUUAACGAAGGUCUUGAAGGACGUAGUUGUACAGGAAUUGGUAUUUCUCAACAAGGUAUUGUUGUUGUCAAUUGGAGAACGAGAAGAGUAACUGAAAUGAGUUCUCUAGGAGACACUAUUAAAUCUUUUUCCCAUAAUGCAUUUCAAGAACCCAUUGAUGUUGCAGUAGAUAAAAGUUAUGGUCAUAUACUUGUUGCAGAUAAUGGUCAAAGUUGUGUUUUUGUAUUUGAUUCUGAUGGCAAAAUUCUCUUUCAGGUUGGAAAAAGAAGUACAUUCAAAUUGAUUACUUCUGUAACUGUUGGACCUAAUGGUGAAAUCGUAGUUGCUGAUAGUCGUAUACAAGUAUUUUCCGCUAAAGGAGAUUUUUCUGAGGAAAUUUAUUCAGAAGGCAAAGGAAGAGGUACUUAUGGAGGCCUUGCUGUUGAUGCAGAAGGCAGAAUACUUGGAACUCGCACCGAUAAAGGUCGCAGUAUAAUUCAAGUUUUAAAGUUAGGAGGAGGUAAUAUUUUAACUGAAAUUGAUUCGCAUAGUUCAAAACUACGACGUCCUUCAGGUAUUGCGGUACUACCUGACAAUCACUUAGUAGUUGUAGACUUGGGAAAUGAUUGUAUAAAAAAAUAUAGAUACUGGUAAAAACAGUUGAGUUUCAAGUAUCAAAUUUGUUGUAUGUCCAACAAAACUAAUUCAUUCAUCGCAGACAUAUACCAAAUAUAUAUUUAAUGUAGCUUAAAUUAUUUGCUUCUCUAAAAGACUUUUUUUUAAAUAAUUUUAUGUAUCAGUUUAAUAUCUAUAUUUCUGAAGUUUUUCAUCUACUGUCUUUUAAAGUUAUAGAGUUGGAUCAAUCAAAAUAAUUUAUAUAUAUAUAUAUAUAUAUAUAUAUAUAUAUAUAUUGGUGAUAUUUAAUAAUAUAAGUGUUACAUAUCAAUCUAUGUGUGUAAUACUCGUAUGAAACAAUAUUAAUUUAUUUAUAUUUUAGAUUUUACGACGUAAAUUGUUUUCCUACAAUAAAACAGACUUGAUUAGCAUAAUGCAAUUUAUAGUGUUUCGUGUCAUGUUUACUAAUUUAAUUUUUUAUACUAAAAAGUAAUAAAUAUGAUUUUUUUUUUUAUUUUUUGAUGUUUACCUUAGUUGAUGUUGAGACAUAUUGUAAUACAUAUUUUACACUGCCAUAGUCUAAAUUCAUAACAGUUAUCAUUAAAGUCCAUUUAUUUCAUAGAAAUGUAUGUGUAUAAAUGCAAUAGUAGAUUAUUGAAAUUUAUAUUUAAAGAAUUUUAUUUACGGCAAGUUAAUUUAAACGUUAAACGAAAGAAUUCCGCUUAUUCACAAGACUUGAGAUAUUGUAGAAAUUUUUGAAUAGAAUCUUUUAUCUCCUAUAUUUGAUUCUGUUUAAAAAAGCAGAUCAUUUAUAUUUAUUAAUGCCAUUAAUGUUGAAUGAAAAAUAGCAAAAAUUAAUAAUUUCACAACUAGUGAAAAAUGAUUUUGUAAUUACUUUUGACAAGUAACAAAGACGACGCUCAUCAUAAGAUUAAAGUGUGUAAUAAAACUAGGAACUUUUCCGUUAAUUUCUUUUUUUUUAUUUAUAAGUGAUAUUUCUUUCAUUUCCACUGAAUCCGUCUUACAUUCUAUAUGUCCUUUUUUAUGGCAUUCUAGAUUUUUGUAAUAAGAAUAAAAUCUUAUUUUGUGAAUAUUAAAUUAAUGAAAAGUAUUUACAUGUUAUUCUUUUAUACUUAAAAAUAUGUAAGUGCUUUUGUAUGAAAAUGUCUUAAAGGCAAUAUCAUUAUGAAAAAUUAUUUUAAACCAAUUACAUUUAGUAUGUUUAACACAGUAUUUAAAUCAUUUAUUUUAUACAGAUUUAUUAAUUAUUCUCAAUGAACAUUAGAUAAUCCAUUUAGUUUUUAUUAUCAUUCAAAGCAUUUCCUACUCUGAUUUACAUACUCAUUAAAACUUUUAAUUUAGAAAUACAUGGCUUUUUUUAUGAAUCCAUAUAAGAAAUAAUUAGUGUAUUAUAAGUAGAUAAGAAAAUAAAGAUAAAUUAAGAUGCAUGCCAAUAUUUUUCCAGUAUUAUUAAAAAUUGAAACAAUAUACUUUAUUUGUAUAAACUUAUCUUAAAUUUUGUAUAAAAUAUAAAAUUAUGAAUAUAUAUAAUUUAUUUAUAUAUAUGUAAAUUAUUGCUAUUGCUAUUAUUACUAGCAAUAAUUUACACAUUUAUAAAUGAUAUCACUUUCAUGAUAUACUUACUAUAAAUAAUUGGCGUAUCUAUUUUUUUAUAUCACAACACAAUUUUUUUAUUCACAAAAAUAUUUGAACAGUACUUAAAAUUUUGAACUUUGAAUAAAUUUGUAAUAAAAGCGAUUAAAGUGAUAGAAAAGUGCUAAAGAAAAUUAAAAUCUUUAAAGCUUGAAAUUUAAUCUUAUUUUAGCUCUUAUAUCGAUUUAUUAUGUUUAAUAUUUUGCGGUCCUUUUCGUCACUAUUAGUAAUUAAAGAAAGAAGUAAUAACAUGUGUAGACUAAGAUGGACUGAUGUAUGAAUUAAAACACGUCAGUGUUGUGUUCAGUUACUAAGAAACAAA